CAUUCUACCCGGUGGCCGUUUAGGAUUUGGGUAUAAUAUAAUACAUAUUACAAUAUCUUUAAAUAUAUUAUUAAUUAAAACAAUUUGUAAAUUGUAACACCUAUUACUUAUGUUUAAAAUUUUUCUUUUUUGUUUCCGACGUGUUAUUAUUAGUUACUAGUCGAUUAUACCACUAUCUACUGAUCACAAUUUUUCUUUUUUUAACAAACGCUGAUUGAUCUCACGAUGGAAGAAUCUGUGGAGGAGAAACUUGAAAAUGAAAUUAUACCACGAGAUUAUCAACUUGAACUAUUGGAAGAAGUUAAGAAAAACAAUACAAUUUUGUAUUUGCCCACUGGAAGUGGUAAAACUUACAUAGCUACAAUGCUUAUAAAAGCAAUGGGCUCUUAUCUUACCUUACCAAAAAAAGAAGAAAGAAAACGGACUUUUUUUCUAGUCAAUACCGUGCCAUUGGUUAUUCAGCAAGCCUCUAGCUUAAAAAAACAUUUACCAUGGAGUAUUGGUACAUUCAGUGGCGAUAUGAAAGUUGACUUUUGGUCACAAGACCAAUGGGACAAAAUUAUUGAAGAAUGCCAUAUUAUAGUAAUGACGUCUCAGAUAUAUUUAAAUAACCUUCACCAUGGUUAUAUGAAAAUGAAAGAUGCAAAUCUUCUUAUUUUCGAUGAAUGUCAUCAUGCUAAAGCAAAUCACCCUUAUCGACAGAUAAUGCAAGUUUACCAUGACUCUAAUAAUCAAGAAUGGCGCCCUCGGAUACUUGGAUUAACUGCUACUUUAAUAAAUAGUAAUUGUAAAAAUAUAAAGACUGAGUUAGCUCUUUUGCAACAGACUUUUGAUGCAGCGAUAAAAACUAGAUUCUCUGAUAAUAUUAAAAUGUUUUCAGCAAGUCCAGAUGCAUCUAUAAUUGUGUAUGAUAAAUUUGAGCCAUGUAAUGAGUUGUCGGCAAUCACAACGCAUUUAGUUACCUUUAGUGAAAACUUGAAAUGUAUUAUAUCUACACCAAAAAAUCAACCAAUUAUUGACAAAAAAGACAUAUUUUACAUGGAAAAUCCUAAACAAGCAACAAAAGAUCUGGCAAAUUAUUUUCUUGAUAUUAAUGUUAACUUUUUAGACAGUGGUGUAUAUAUUGGUUAUCUGGCUACCUGGCAUUAUAUAAUUGAACUAGAGAAAAAGAAAAAGUUAUCUGAAGAUAUGGAUAAAUAUACAAUGUUAUCUUGUGUUUUAUCCCAAUUAAUUAUUACAAGAAAAUUAUUUUUGAACCACAUGUUAAAAAAUUCCAAAAAUAUAGAAAACUUAUCAACGUUAAAACAAAAUGCAUCUCCAAAAUUGGUUCAAUUCAUGGCACUUUUGGACAGUGUAGAGCGAACGGACUCUUGUUUAGUUUUUGUAGAUCGACGAACUACUGCAAAACUUUUAUACCAUUUUAUUAAGGAAUGUAAGCGUUACAAUAGUUUUAAAAAUAUAGAAUGUGAUUUUAUUGUUGGAGCUAGAGGUUUGUUUACAAUGGAAUCCAAUGAAUCAUUGUAUAAAAAACAACAAAAUCAAGAUAUUGUUAAAAAUUUUCACAAAAAUACUAUAAAUGUUUUGAUAACUUCUGAAGUAUUGGAAGAAGGUAUUGACGUACCAGAAUGCAAUUAUGUCAUCAGGUAUGACAUGCCCAAGAACUUUCCUUCUUAUGUACAAUCAAAAGGUCGAGCGCGGUCCAAAAAAAGUAAAUUUAUUGUAUUAGCACAAAAUCAGGCGGAAUGUGAACAUACACAAAGUGUUUAUAAAAAAAUGGAAAGAGAAAUUGAGAUAGUCUUAAAACAUGAUAAUAUUGAUGAUAGUAUUGAUGAUGAAGAUUUUGGAGAAGUUUUUGAAACUAAGUGUGGAACGCUAACAAGUGAUAUUGCUAUUGGUAUUAUUAAUAGGUACUGUACGUCUUUGCCUCAAGAUCGUUUUUCUCCUUUAGGUCCAGAAUGGUGGCUGGCUGAGAGUGAAUUCCGAAAAUAUAAACUGAAACUUCCCAUUAACAGUGCUAUUAAAACUGCCAUAGAUGGUAAAGUGUUUCGUUCAAAAAAAAAUGCAAAAAAAAGUGCCGCAUUCAACGCCUGUAUUGAACUAUAUCAUGCUGAUGCGCUGGAUGAUAAUCUACUUCCAGCAACCAUUAAAAACAAACCUAUAUUUAAAGAUCUGAAUUGGUUUCCACAUUGGGUAGAGAAUGAUGUGGAAGUUACCGACUAUAAACCAGGAACUAAUAAAAUGAAAAGAAUUGUUAAAAUUUAUAGCCCAUCCUAUUUGAAUAAUGUGUAUCCACAACCAAAUAAAACAUCAUACUUGCAUGUUAUUCAAUGUAAUCCACUAUAUGGUUGUCUAAACGAUACGAAAUAUAAAACUUUUGAUGGGUUGUUAAGAUCAAAUGAACAUUUUGGAAUAAUAACUUCAAAGAAACUGCCAUCUCUUUCUAAUUUUCCAAUAUUCUUGAACUUUGGGGUUGUGAACAUAUGCAUACUUGUCAAUUCUGCCACAGUUGUACUUGACCAGCAACAAAUAAAAAAGCUAGAACAAUUCCAUAACAAAUUAUUUGUAGAUGUAUUAGGUGUAAAAAAAUUUCUAAUGAGAAACUACAAAAAUGAAAUCAAUUCAUAUUUAUUAGUACCUAUCAUUGCUUCAGGUGAAAAUUAUACUAUUAAUUGGGAUGUUGUCGACAUUGAUACAUUUGUGAUGACUGAGGCUCCCACUGAAGAAGAACGAAAAGCUAAAUUUUAUGAAAAAUAUUUCGAAACCCCGCAUAUUAUCUCUCCAUGGUAUCGAAAUAUUGUACCUAUUCAAAGGUACCUUGUUACAGAUGUUCAUAAAGAUAUGUCACCUGAAAGCAUAUUUCCUUCAAAUAAUUAUGAUACAUAUCAGGAUUAUUUUGAAGACAAGUACACCAUCAGAGUAACAAAUAAAGAUCAACCAUUAAUUCAAGUGAAAUCAUUGGGUGUACCAAAAAUAAACUAUUUGGUUCCUAGAAUAUCUACUGGUAAAGUAGAUAAACGGACUGAAUACAUCGAAAGACUCAUUCCAGAAUUUUGCAUGUGGCAUGAGUUUCCUUCAGUUUAUUGGUUUAAAGCUUUAAUGUUACCAACCAUAUUAUACCGAAUUAAACAAUUAUUACUGGCUGAAGAUCUUUUUUUAAAAAUCAACCAAAUGUGCGGCUUUGAAUUUUCGAAGGAUUUAAAACCUGGAUCGUUGGAAGUGGAUAAAUUUUAUGGACUAGAAGAAAAUAAAAAGAAGGAUACUUUUUUACCCAUUAGAGAAACAUUGAAAUGCUUGAAAAAUUGUCUUGAUGACAAUGUCAGUGAAUGGAAAUCCAAAAACCAACCUAUUGACCUAGAUAGACAAAAGAACACUACAGUCUUAGACAUAAUUAAUUACAAUACGUUCAUGCAUCCGAAUCUUGCAGGGAAAUUUAAUGCUGAUAAAAAUACGAAAUCUUCUCGGUUAAAAGCUCAUGAGUCUGAGACAAAUUCAGAAAGCAAAUUAGAAGAUGAGGAUGUUAUUGAGAAUAAUUUGGAAAAUGACGAAACGAAAUGCAAAAGACCUAGGUAUGCAUCAUACAAUAAGGAGCACUUAGAAGAAAUUUGUAGUUUAAUGAUAGAGUCGAAGCCAUCUAGCGAUAUUAUAAAUAAUUUAAUUAAGCUCAACAUCUUAAAAAAUUAUUCCAAUUUUGCUGCAAUGUCUAAAAUGAUGAAAACCAUGAUACAUGAGAUGAACAGUUUGAAUCUUAUCAAAAGCAACCCGCCAAUGUUAAAGUCAUUAUCAAAACAUGUUUUAAACAAAAGUAAUGGUCCAAAGCAGUGUGACAUCUUAAAGGCUAUAACACCUGCAUGUUCUAAUGAUAUUUUUCACUAUGAGCGCAUGGAAACGUUUGGAGACAGCUUUUUAAAAUUUUCCACAUCUCUAGUGUUAUUUGAUGCAUUUGAAACAGAAAACGAAGGUGUUCUUACUGAACUAAAAAUGAAACUAGUUGGAAAUAGAAAUUUACUAUAUGUUGGAAAAAACAUUAAUCUUGGAUCCUUCGUCAUGGUAAAUGUUUUUGAACCGUCAACAGACUGGGUGCCUCCAUGUUUUUCUGUGCCUGAAAAAUUAAUAAACGAUAUCAAUUUAUUUGAUCAAUUACCAUCAGAUGUCCUUUAUCAAAUAGUUAUUCCAAGAGAAGAUAAAUUCUCAGGAGAAUUAUCUGAAGAGACUUGGACACACAUCGAAACAGAAUGUGUAAGAUUUAAAGAGAUGUAUGAUACCGAAAUAACAACUCGACAGGGCUACACUCAAUCAGAUUUAUUUUUAGACAAGCAAUCAGUUUCAGAUAAAAUGGUUGCCGACAGUGUUGAAGCCUUAAUUGGAACUUAUGUCUAUAACUGUGGGAUUGAAGGAGGAUUCAAAAUUUUAAAUGGAUUUGGUAUCAUCCCAAAUGAACACAUAAAAGCUUAUGAAAAUAAGCCGAUAUUAAAUAAUUCAAUAAACAGUAAGACGUUAUCGGAACUUUUGCCUGGCUAUGAUUUAUUGGAAAAACGGAUUGGUUAUGUGUUCAAAUGUAAAAAAUUUUUACUCCAAGCUAUGACACAUCCAACACAUGCAUUUGGGUUUUCUGAAUGUUACCAAAGACUUGAAUUCCUUGGCGAUGCAAUACUUGAUUUUUUGAUAACAACUUAUAUUAUUGAACACUGUAGCAAUAAGUCGCCUGGUGAAAUCACUGAUAUCCGAUCGUCACUCGUGAACAAUAUCACGUUUGCCUCUUUGAGUGCUCGCAUUGGAUUACAUCGAUUUUUAUUAGCAGAAUCAAUAAAGUUGACCGAAGCAAUUGAUCGUUUUUAUGAACAUCAGGCAAAGAAUAAUCAUAAAAUUGGUCAGGAGGUACUUUACCUGUUGGAAGAAAAUGACUGUAUGGCGGCCGAAGCAAUUGAUGUUCCCAAAGUGUUGGGAGAUUUAUUUGAAUCUUUGAUAGCUGCUAUAUAUUUAGACUGUGGCAGAGACCUAAAUUUUGUAUGGCAGUUUUGCUAUCAAUUAAUGGAACAAGAAAUCAUUGAGUUUUGUACUAAUGUCCCAAAAAAUCCUAUACGAAUUUUACAUGAAACUAAACUACAGCCAGUUUUUAGCAAACCAUCUGCACACCAAGCAGCAACAGAACGUGGUUUAGGAACGAUGAUGCAGUUAGAAAUAUUUGUAGAUGGUAAAAAGCAGACAAUUUUUGGUUUUGGUAAAAAUAAGAAAGAAGCUAAGUUGGCUGCUGCGAAAAUGGCGUUGAAAAAUUUAAGGAAAAUGCUUUAAAAAUUAUUGUGUUUACUAUAGUUUUUCUAUUUAUUUUAUUUUGAUCCAAUACUACAAUUUUUUUUUUUGAUAGAUUUUA